AUGAAAGCCAAAAAGACUGAUUCUGGUAGGAAUAAAGAAAACUACAAACAUUGCAGACAUCGAAAUCGUGUCGCUUCGAAAAUUGCUUCAUUUCAUCUCAAUAAGCAUGUAAAGCGUGGUUUUCGACACUUCAAUACUUUAGAGGUGAAGUUAUGGCGACGACCUUCACGAAGAAUUUCAAUUUAUGCAUUACAAAAAAACAUAAGCUUAAGAUAUCAAACGUCAAGAUAA